AAGCCUCACACCACACUGGAAUUACAAGGACACCAGUGUGCGCACUUACUGUGAACAGAACCCCAGAAUACAACCAGGCAGUCAUGUCAAAAGUCUUCAAGAAAACCAGUGGGAAUGGUCAGAUGACCAUUUACUUGGGGAAGAGAGACUUUGUGGACCAUGUGGAGUCCGUGGAUCCUAUUGACGGUGUGGUAAAGAUUGACCCGACAAAUCUUGGAGGCAAGAAAGUCUGGGUCUACCUGUCCUGUGCUUUCCGCUAUGGUCGUGACGACAUGGACGUGAUGGGGCUCUCAUUCAGGAAAGACAUCUGGACACAGCGCAAACAGAUAUACCCUUCCCUUGGAGACCAACCAGCCCCCACCCCUAUACAGGAGACCCUGAUGAAGAAAGCUGGUGACCAAACAUAUCACUUUACAUUCAACGUUCCAACCAACCUGCCCUGCUCUGUCACUCUGCAGCCAGGCACAGGAGAUAAAGGCAAGGCCUGUGGUGUGGACUUUGAAGUAAAGGCAUACAUUGCCAAUGAAGCAGAUAACCCUGAUGAGAAAAUCAGUAAGAAGGACACUUGCCGUCUGAUCAUUCGCAAGAUUCAGUUUGCCCCAGAUAACAAAGGCACCGGACCCAAGGCCGACAUAUGCAAGCAGUUCAUGAUGUCAGACAAGCCAGUCCACCUGGAAGCAUCCAUUGAGAAGGAGAUAUAUUACCAUGGUGACCCAAUCCCAGUCAGAGUAAAAAUCCACAAUGAAUCCAAUAAAGUGGUGAAGAAUAUCAAAGUGUGUGUUGACCAGACCGCAGAUGUGGUGCUCUACUGUGCUGAUAAAUACAACAAGACAGUUCUGACCGAGGAGUUUUCCGAGACAGUGGAGCCCAAUGGAACACUGGAGAAAGUCCUGAGCAUCACCCCAUUGUUGACUAACAACAAAGAGAAGAGUGGUCUGGCCCUGGAUGGCAGAUUGAAGUAUGAGGACACUAACCUUGCAUCCACUACAAUCUUGCGGCCUGGCAUGGAGAAGGACGUGCUAGGCAUCUUAGUCUCCUACAAAAUUAGGGUCAACCUCAUGGCAACUCGAGGAGGCCUCUUGGGAGACCUGACCGCAAGUGACGUAACUGUGGAACUCCCCCUGGUUCUGAUGCAUCCUAAACCUGCCGAUGUCGUACUGGAGUAAAAUUCCCGUUCAGUAGUGAAGCACAGAUGUUGUAAUUGAGUAGACUCAACACCAGACAAAAAAAGGGAACAACACCAAGGAGCAGCAGAGCAAAGAGAUGAACCGAAGGACGGAAAGCAGACAGGACAAGUGGACACCAAAAUUUAUAUAAAAAAAGAAUUGCUAUGCACUCACAAAAAUACUAAUUCCCUCAUCCAAAGUAAAUUGAAAAUUUGAAACAGACAUAUUUCCUAAGGCACUUUAUAUCUUGAUUCAACAUAAAUACCACUGACUGAGAUACUUAAUAUAAUUUUUGUGCCACUCAACUCAAUUUGGAAUAUUGCGUAAAGAUUAACUAUCAGGUAAUGGUGGUGCAAAACACAAAUCUGUGGCUUGAGAGAAUAGCAUGUCCUUAUUUAAGAACCUCCGGUCUGUUCGUCUUUCACAAUCAAUCCCUUCUUAUCCAAAAUCAAGCAUCCCAUACAGAUAACUUAAGUAGUUUGUCAGUGUGUAUAGCCCCAACAGUAGAUGUGUAUAGGACAAAGAACUUGAGAUGUCACUUUUUGUGAAGUGUGUGAAGCUAUUUAAUACAGACAAAUAUGCCAGAUAUAUCAUUUUUAUUGUGCUGGGUGGGGGUGGGGGGGAAGGCAGUUUGGCUCUUUAGUCACUGUUUGUCUUGACCAGAAAAUUAGGGAACUGGUCAGCCUAUGUAACAGUGGGGGUUGUUUUCAAUAAAGAAUUUAAUUUACUUACAUUCAUUACAACCGUACAAGAGGAUUUUGGAACAAAUCACUGUUAAAAUAAAACUGUUACCACA